AUGUUCUAUCACAAGUACUGGUCUAUUGUAGGAGAUGUGGUUACCAAAGUUGUUUUGGGUGUUUUGAAUGAUGGACAUGGUUUGGAAACAAUUAAUCAUUCACUCAUCACUCUAAUCCCUAAGACAAAGACUCCUAGUAGUAUGGGAGACUUCAGACCCAUUAGCCUGUGUAAUGUCAUAUACAAAAUCAUCUCCAAGACUCUUGCUAUCCGAUUCAAGGAAAUCCUCCCAGCUGUAAUCUCUGAAACUCAAAGUGAUUUUCUCUCAAACAGACUUAUCACUGACAAUAUCAUUGUGGCUUUUGAGUUAAUCCAUCACUUGAAACAUAAGAUAAGGGGGGGUAGGAGCUAUUCAGCGCUCAAAUUAGAUAUGAGCAAAGCUUUUGACAGGGUAGAAUGGCACUACAUUCAAGAGGUUAUGCGUAAAAUGGGUUUCCACAACAAAUGGAUUUCUUUGAUCAUGGGUUGUCUCAAUUCCACAAGUUUCUCUUUUAUGCUUAAUGGUGAAGAAGUGGGAUUUGUACAACCUACUAGGGGCCUUCGGCAAGUUUCACAUCUUCUCUUUGCAGAUGAUAGUCUCCUACUUUGUGAGGCAGCAAAUAAUUUGGCAAGAGCGAUAAAGAAGGUACUUGACAUCUACAACAAGGCUUCUGGUCAAUUACUGAACACAACAAAGUAUGUUAUGUCUUUCUCGCCCAAUACCUCACAAGCAACUAAAGACUACUUUCAACAAACUUUAGGCAUGCCUAUCAGUGAAUGUCAUGAACGGUACCUGGGUCUUCCUGCUUUUUCUGAGUGUGAUAAAAAGGAAAUGUUUAGUGAUGUGAAAGAACGAAUAUGGCAAAAGCUUCAUGCUUGGAAUGAGAAACUUUUUUCAGUUGGGGGAAAGGAAGUUCUUUUGAAAGCGGUGGUCCAAUCAAUUCCCACAUAUGCUAUGAGCUGUUUUCGUUUGCCAACGACUUUUUGUAACCAACUUGAAUCAAUGAUGGCAAAUUUUUGGUGGGGUUUUAACAAGGAUGGUUCAAAGAUUCAUUGGAGAAGUUGGAAAUUGUUAUGUAAGUCAAAGUUUGAAAGUGGAAUGGGUUUCCGUUCUUUUGUGCACUUUAACAAGGCUCUCCUUGCAAAGCAAGCAUGGCGAAUCUUUGAAAUGCCUAAUUCUUUGCUCAGUCGAUUGCUCAAACACAGAUACUUUUCCAACAAUAACUUUUUAGAAGCUAGACUUGGCCAUUCCCCAUCUCUUACUUGGCAAGGUAUACAUUGGGGACGUGAAUUAUUGGUAGAAGGUUUGCGCCACAAGAUUGGUAAUGGAUUCAAUGUCUUGGCUGGUUUUGACAAAUGGAUUCCUGGUCACAAUGACUUCAAGCCUAUCAACUAUACUGGUCUUGCAACUCUCACCGUUGCAAACUUAAUCACUGACAAAAGAGAAUGGAACAUACAACUCUUAAAUGAAUACUUCCUGCCUAUUGAUGUUGAUAGAAUUGUCACGAUUCCUCUUAGUUUUUUCCCUUCCAAUGAUCGUCUCAUUUGGCAUCACACAACGACGGGCUGUUACACAGUCAAUUCUGGUUUUCACUUGGCUGAAGUAAGGGAAACUAGUGGCUCUAACAAUCAUACGAAUUGGUGGAAAAUGUUUUGGAGUUUGAGCUUGCCAUCAAAGGUAAAAAAAUUUGCUUGGAGGGUUAUGCAAGAUGCACUGCCUGUAGCUACUUGUUUAUGCAGAAGGAAAGUUAUAGAUUCUGCUACAAGUUCUCUAUGUCAUAAUGCAUGGGAAUCGGUGGGUCAUGCCUUGUUUAAUUGCAUCAAAGCUAGAAAGGUUUGGAGAGAAACUAAGUUCAUCCUUGACCAUUCACAUGCUAACAAUGUGUAUAAGGGUGAUUAUUUAAUUCAUUUGUCCACACUUCAUUCCAAGCAAGAUUUUGAGUUAAUUGUAUGUACUAUGUGGGCUAUAUGGCAUGAAAGAAAUAAAGUCAUUCAUGGAGGUGUUUCGAAACCAAGCCGUGAUAUUACUGUUUUUGCCAAUCAACACCUUGACAAAUUCCAUCGUUCAAGUAGGAAAAACCAGCAGCAGUAUACGGUCUGCAAUACUUCAACGAGCCCUGUCGAUGUUCAAGCUACAAUCCAGAACGAGAAUGGCAAUGUUAUAGCUGCUUUAUCAAAGCCUGUUCAGGGAUGCUUUCGGUCUGAUGAAUUGGAGGCCAAAGCUUUAUUUCAUAGUCUUAAUUGGGCUAGACAAUUGCAGCUUCGAAUUACACAUGUGGAAACCGAUGCCUUACGUGUUUCUUCAGCCAUUAAUUCUCCAUUUAAAAAUCUUUCUAGUUUUGAUGACUUAAUUAUGGAUGUUUGUUAUCUUUUAUUUUUUUUCUCGGGAGUAACAGUUUCUCAUGUUAAGAGAAACGCUAACCAGGCUGCUCAUGGUUUAGCUAGGUAUGCUCUUGAGUUGGAUGAAGAUGUUUGUUGGAUGGGUGAAAUCUCGAAUCCUAUUUUCUCUGUUGUUGUAAACGAUUAUCAGUUUUAA